GGAAAAUACCUGGUUAUAUCCAACGUGCCAUUUUGAGCCUCAGAGUUUCAAGGAAAGAAGAAGGAAGAUGUCUCGACGAUACGAUGGCCGCACAACGACCUUCUCCCCCGAAGGACGACUCUUCCAAGUCGAAUAUGCUAUGGAAGCUAUCAACAACGCUGGGUCCGCUGUCGGGAUCCUCGCAAAGGAUGGCAUCGUGAUCGCUGCUGAAAAGAAGACCGUCUCCAAGCUGCUUGCGCCUGUCAAGACUAGUGAAAAAACAAUGAAGUUGGACGAUCACAUCAUCUGUGCCGUCGCGGGGCUCACGUCGGAUGCCAACAUCCUGGUCAACUACGCGCGUCUGACUGCGCAGCGAUACCAGCUGUCGUACCAAGAACAUCAACCUUGUGAGCAACUGGUCCAAACAAUCUGCAACUACAAGCAAGCGUACACCCAAUUCGGCGGCCAGCGUCCGUUCGGCGUGUCGUUCUUGUAUGCUGGGUGGGAUCGCCACUUUGGCUUUCAAUUGUAUCACAGUGACCCGAGCGGUAACUACGGCGGAUGGAAGGCGACGGCGAUUGGCGCCAACAACCGCGCGGCGAAGAACCUGCUCAAAUCCGACUAUCAGGAAGACUUGUCGGUUGAAGAAGCGCUUAAGUUCUCAGUCAAGGUCAUGGCCAAGACCAUGGACACGACGACCCCCACCGCAGAAAAGCUCGAGUUUUCCACGUUGACCCGCAACGAACAGGGCAAGUUGGUCCACCGCUUGCUCACGGCGGCGGAAACCGAAGCCUUGCUCAAGGAAGUUGGCGCCCAAACCGCCGACUCUGGCGACAUUUAGGACGUGCAGGCCAGUCUCUCUGCUGCGCAUAUCGCUUUAAUCGUGCGUAAUAUGAUUUCCCCGUCUCCGAGAA